CAUUGAUUUCAUAUUCAGUCAACUUGUUUUUCAACAACAAAAUGGCGUUCACGGAGUUACUGUACACACUUCCUUGUGUUAUACUUUUUGAUCUGUUACAAAGUAGUGAAGGAGCAUACAGGUCAUAUCGUUACUACAGAUACAGUUAUUAUUACUAUUAUUCCUACGACUAUGUCUAUUUAUCAGGCGGAGCCAUUGCUGGUAUCGUCAGUGGUAUCAUCUUUUUCAUCGUCUUUAUCGUCAUAAUGGUGGUUUGCUGCUGUCGUGCAGCACAACAGAGAAGACAAAUGCCGGGUGUUGUCUACAGCAAUGGAAUGAACCAGCAAACGGUGAUAUCAACAGCAAACACUACCCCCGGAAUGUACCCCACUCAGCCCUACCCUGUUGGUGGUCAAUAUAACAUGGGAAUGCAAUACGGGGCACCGGGUCAGCAGUAUGGGGCACCAGUUCAGCAGUACGGGGCACCAGGCCAGCAGUACGGAGUCCCUGGUCAACAGAUUGUUUACCCUCCUACUGGACAACAAUAUACAGAACCUGCACCAUCAUACGAAUCCGUCACGGAACAGAAAACUCCGCCUAAUCCAACUUAAGAAUGCUGCUGCAUGUAGCAGAACCCAGACAUGGUUCAGAAAAAAUAUUUUCCCCUGCCAAUAAUGAUGGACAAUACAGAAUUUAAUUUUUUUUUUUUUUAAGUUGUAAAUCUUGAGUAUUCCCGGUUAUUUUUUUAAUGUUUAGUUAAAACCAUUUUUAACUCAGACAAGAUUGAAUUACUGCUGAUUUUUUCAAAUUUUAAUUUCGGUUUAGAUGUUUUCACAAAUAUCAGAGAAAAAGGAUACAAUUUCAUUCAAAAAAUAUAUACAAAAACUUCACACGAUAUGUAAGCGAAAAUAUUUCAGGAGUACAUAGAAUAUAUUUAGUUUUACUUGCUUCAAUAAUAUUAAUCAAUUGCUAUUUAUCAAGUAUUGAAGGAUACUAACAGCAUGUACAUGUAUCAUCAGUAAAAUACAAAACGUAUGCUAAUAUCAAGCUACGGAUUACAAUUAUAUCAUGUAUGGCGACAAUUAUUAAGAAAAAAAAUAUUGAUUUGACGUUCUAAUAUAAACUAAUGGUGAUAUACGUGUAUAAAUAUAUAAAUCAGAAACUUUUAUAUUAUAUUGAAAUUGCUGUUAAUGUUUUUUUCAAUGGUAGAACUCUUCUUUGGCUUAUCAUAAAAAUCACUUUUAACAUACCUGAAAGUCCUACGUAUUAUUGUUUUUACCGGCCGCCAGGAGGCGGUCGGUUAUAUGAUAUGAAAGUUUGAAGUCUCUGUGCGUUUCUGCGGAGUUAAAACAAUUUAAAUAAAAAUAUUUAACAUUAAUAUAAUAGUAUAUUAAAAAGAGCGCCUAAAUGUUUAACAAGAACGCACAAUAAACACAAGAUUAAUUUUUUAAAUAAAAAAUGAAGUAAAUUUUCAUCCAAUCCUGAUUGAGAAACUUAGACAUGUUUGAUGUGCGGAGAAAAUUAGGACGUGUUGGCAUAGUCUAAAGGAAAGACCGCGUUAUGUAUAUUGCACAAUUUUACUUUCUCCAUUUAAACAGGAUUUGUUGUACGUAUUUAUUUUAAAACGACGUGUACACAUGUACAUAUAUAAAAAUUUUCAAAAAUAUGGUUAAAUGUUAAUUCAUCAAAACACCUAAAAGGCUAUAGAAUAUUACAAAAUUUUGCCCUUAGCAGACGAGGAUAGUGCACGUUUUACAAUGUGCCAAGAAUUUUCCCGCUUCAACUCAAAGAAACCGAAAGAGAAGAAAUGUAGUGGCGGAUCUACAGGGAGUUUAGUUUUUUUCCUCUAAGAGAGAGCAAGGAGCCCCACAUAUUUGUUGCGUUUUUAUUAGAUUAAAACUACACUGCAUAUCUAGUUGUAGAUUACAUUAAACUUUAGCUUUAAACUUUUAAUGUAAAUGCCUCUUAAUUAUACAGGCCCACGGUUUGUUGACGCAGAGGACCAGGGGUACUUUGCUUAUAUAUAUACAUGUAAUACUGAACAUGCAUUAUAUAAUUAAGAAAAUCAUGCAAUGUCGUGCACAAGCGUUUAAUGUCACGAUCGAGGAUAUAUAUCAACAGAUAAAUAUCAGAUAUUUUAAAACAGAUCACCAUUUCAGUCUUUAGUUGCUUCAUAAAAGGAACAAUUAAUUGGUUUGCGGCCGAUUUUUGACGCUUGCGUCAAUAUAUGUUUCUUGUCUCUAUUGAAAUGAAUAUAACGUUUACUAGCUAUUAUCACAAACAAAUUUUCCUACCUUUCGCAUAAAAGAGUUACACUACAACUUUCCAGAAUUUGUAAUUUAAAAAACCGGAAAUUGUAAAUAUGUAAACAUACACGGUAAUUGUUCCGGGAAAAUUACAAGCGAAUAUAAGCGUUUAAGAAAGGAGUUUGAAGGGGAAAAAAGAAGCAGCAAGUUAUCAAUAUAUCAAUAUAUUCAA